AUGCCUACCACUCGCCGGAAAAGAGGAGCCGAUGAGAAGCUUUUACCCGGUCUUCCAGAGGAGAAGCGACGCAGGAGUUCGAAGGGAACUAUCUCUGGCGGCAGUCAUGCCCGCAAGCCCGCUGCGAAGAAAGGGAAGAAGAAGCAAGAUCCAAGUCUGCCUCAUGUUGCACUUGCAAACGACCUCCUCCAGCGUGGGGAAGAGCUACGUCUUUCUGGUCCCAUUUCAUUAAGUGGCCAAUUUUUCGAGCCACCGAAAGUAUGGGGACACCGUGACGAACCUAUAACCGAUCCUACCAAGCUGCCCGACGGAUGGUCUGGAAACGAGACCGAUCUCGCUGAGGAUGAUGUCGACGGCCAAAUUGCAAGAUGUCACAGACGCAUCGAUGAGAAUAUCAUGCCUGCCAUUUUCGAACAAAAAUUGCGAAUGUACCAGCAGAUCAAGCAGAAACAGACAGACAUGAUCAAUUCUGAGCCUAGCGGUCUUAGCUGGGAAGUCGUUCAACGCCUUGAUUCUCUGAAGAAGGUCAAACAGAGCUUCGAUGAGUUGGGUCAGGACAAUGGGAAUACCUCCAAUGUGCUAGCCAUCAUGGAUGCGUACCGUUCCCGGAGACUUGUCUGGGAUGAAAACAAAGUCACAUACUGGGUACAUGGGAAAAUGGUUGCCGGCCCGAAGAAAAUGGACAUGGAGGAAUUUCUCACUCUGAGUCAGGAGCUUGGCCCACAUGGUAUUUGGGUAGAAGGAAUGGACCACUACAAACCGGAACCGAUGUACCUGUUCUUCAGUCUGCUUCCGAACUUUCCGCUCUACGCCUCGCACAAUAUUACAGUAUCAAUCCGGAAUCCUAACACUUGGAGAACAAACACAGUGCAACAUACCAUGGCGCUCAGUGUUCUAGAGGAUACUGGUGCUAUAGCAAUGAAGAUUUUCCAAAGCGAUAGAGAUCAACUUGAAGCACUGAGUGGCGCGCCACUGCCUGUCUCUGCUUCAACAAUGAUGGUCACAGCAUCUGGUGAUGUCACCGUGGAUAAUGUGGUAUUGCAAGUCAACAUCUUGCAUAAUGAUCAACCCAUGCUCCCCCGGUGGAUCGACGUUCGAGCCUGUAUAAGUCGUGACCCACCCAAUACCCCUCCGUCGGGUUCACGACUGUCUGGUAUCUGGCUUCACCAUAUGCUAUAUUGUUUGAGUAUGCCUGAUAACACCAACGCUAUGUACGUGGGAACCGACCUCACCGAGAUUUUGGCAACUGUACCCCUUUGCAAUCCUGCAUUCGCAAUACCACCACCCACUUCUUCUACGAUUUGA